AAAAGCUCACCGACCAACAGCACUUUGGCACGCUUGACCUCUCAACUUGUCCCAGACCACUGACGACCCAGAGACCAGAAUCUACUUUUUCCUCUGCGCAUAUAUCUUCACCACUACCACGUCAACUACAAACAGUCACAGCUAUUCACCGCCUAAAGUUAUGCCUUUAUGACUCGGCAGCUUUUAGUGCAAUGUCCUAAGCAUAUGAGAAACCUAUGCAGCAACCACACACUUUGCCGCCACUUGCAUAGUAGGAAAUACCCCAUAUUCUGCUACAUCUUCCAACUUUAGCACGUCGAGUCCGGGGAGGUAGUCAUGGAAGCCCAGGUAAGCUGACUAAAACGUGGGGAGCUGCGGGAAGGGUAUCUACUUGUCCACCAUAUACUGAUAUCAUUCUCUCUGCCAGUUUGAGAAUGCAGUCGCUAUUGCAUUUGAUCCUGCCUCCGACCGAAGCCUCAAGCAGCAAGCCUACGACUUCCUUAAUCAGCUCAGAUCGAACCCAGCAGCACAAGAUGCAUGCCUCACCCUUUUUACCCGUACCCCAAAAUGUUCCGACGUGGUUCGGAUGUUCUCCUUGGACAUUGUCAACAAUGCCAUUCAGACGCAACAAUUAGAUGGACAAAGUCUAGAGAGAGUCAAGGAGAUACUUAUGGAGUAUAUUCGGCGGACCUACGCAUCUGGCAACCGGGACGAAAUUGACCCACCAGCUAUUCAAAACAAAGUCACCCAGACCCUCACGUAUCUCUUCACAUCAAUGUAUAGGCAAGGCUGGGAAAGCUUUCUGGACGACUUCAUGGCCUUGACAAGCCUCCAGAAUGGCUCAAGAGACAGUCUUGUAGGGGUUGUGCUGUACCUACGCAUCCUGAGUUCUAUACAUGAUGAGAUUGCAGAUGUCAUUGUCUCAAGAGGCCCCACGGAAACCAAACGUAACACUGAUCUCAAAGAUGCUUUGAGGGCACGCGAUGCUCAGAAAGUGGCUACUUCAUGGCAGGAAAUUCUGGCACGGUGGACAGGGCAGAAUGAUAGCGUGGUUGAAAUGUGCCUUAAGAUUAUUGGAAAAUGGGUCAGUUGGACAGACAUAUCUUUGAUUGUCAACCAGUCAACUUUAAACCUCCUCUUUCAGCUUGCCGGUCGCACAAAUCCAGGACACGAGGAAGACAGAGUACGAAAUGCUGCAAUUGAUGCGUUUACGGAAAUUGUGGCCAAGAAGAUGAAGGGUUCAGAUAAGAUUAACAUGAUUGUUUUCUUGAAUUUGGGAGAAGUUGUUUCUCAACUUGUUGCCAGUCCUGCCUUGCAUGAUUUACGAACGACGUCCAGUUAUGAUACUGAUCUAGCAGAAGCUGUUGCCAAACUUGUCAAUAAUGUGGUCUUUGAUCUUGUGAAGGUCCUGGAGGAUACUCAGGUAGACAACGCUUCUCGUGGGCAAGCAGAGCAAUUACUUCAGACUUUCUUGCCACUCCUUCUGCGAUUCUUCUCGGAUGAGUACGAUGAAAUAUGCUCUACCGUCAUACCUUCUCUUACCGAUCUCCUCACAUUCUUGCGCAAGGCCAAACCGCUCCCUCCUGCUUAUUCCGCCAUGUUGUCACCUAUCUUGAAUGCAAUCAUCCAAAAGAUGAGAUAUGAUGAAACUUCAAACUGGGGCAAUGAAGAUGAACAGACAGACGAGGCAGAAUUUCAAGAGUUGAGAAAGAGAUUACAAAUCCUUCAAAAGACAGUGGCUGCUGUGGAUGAAAAUCUCUAUAUUGACAUAUUGAGUAAUGUGGUUGGAAAUACGUUUCAGAACUUUGAUCAAGCUGGUGGUCAAAUGGAUUGGAGAUAUCUUGAUUUGGCUUUGCAUGAGAUGUAUCUAUUUGGGGAGCUUACUCUCGUUAAUGGUGGCCUCUAUGCCAAGAGUCAACCAUCUGGUGUAGCUGCGGAGAGAUUGAUUAUCAUGAUCUCAAAAAUGGUCCAAUCCGGUAAGUUCAUAUCUGGUGCUCAUAUUUUUCCCAUGCUGAUCUAGAAAGGUAUCGCCUCAUUCUCACAUCCUGCCAUCCAACUGCAAUUCAUGGAGAUUUGCGUUCGAUAUUACUCAUUCUUCGAAAACCAAUCAACGUACAUACCUCAGGUGCUCGAACAUUUUGUCAGACUCGUUCACCAUAACCAUAUUCGAGUUCGUACCCGCUCAUGGUAUCUAUUUCAUCGAUUUGUGAAGCAUCUACGAGCUCAAUUGGGCAAUGUUGCAGAGACUGUGAUCCAAUCAAUUAGCGAUUUGUUACCCAUCAAAGCUGAAUUACCGCUUGAUAACGGUGCUGAAGAUGACAUGUCUUCUGAUGAGAGCGACCACUCGGCAGAUGCAGCAUUUAAUGGACAGUUGUAUCUUUACGAGGCAAUCGGGUGUAUUUCUUCAACUUCAACAACGCCUGUUGAGAAACAAGUCCUUUACGCAAGAAGUAUUAUGGAACCCUUGUUCUCAGACAUUGAACGAAGUUUACCAGCUGCCAAAAACGGAGAUACCCAAUCCAUACUACAGAUUCAUCACGUUAUUAUGGCAUUAGGAUCACUUUCACAUGGAUUCUCGGACUGGCAACCUGGUAAUGCGGCCACAGCCCAUGCAACACCACCAACAAGCAUUUCGGAAGAAUUUUCUCGUGCAGCAGAAGCCAUCUUGAUUGCCCUGGAAUCAUUACGAUCCUCAUCUGAUAUUAGAACUGCAGCUAGAGCUUCUUUCACGAGACUCACCGGAGUUUUAGGUGUUUUGAUGCUGCCACUUCUUCCUCGCUGGAUUGACGGUCUCUUGUCCCACAAUUCUUCAAAGGAUGAGAUGGCCAUGUUCCUUCGCUUGUUGGACCAGGUUGUGUUUGCAUUUAAGAAAGACAUAUAUGUUGUCCUGGAUUCUCUUCUUACACCACUUUUCCAGAGAGUGUUUGCUGGAUUAGCUGAACCAAUCACCGGAACAGAUGAUGAAAUUCAGCUUGCCGAACUCCGACGAGAAUACCUCACAUUUGUGCAAAUACUGUUGAAUGAAGGUCUCGGAUCGGUUUUAGUCAGUGACUCGAAUCAGGCAUUUUUUGAGCCUCUUAUUUUGUCGGUCACAACUUUGGCGAAGACAGUGGGUAGUGGAACUGGAAACUUGGCCGCUAGCCGCCUUGCCUUCUCGGUCCUCCAUAAGAUGGCAGAUCUCUGGGGUGGUCCAAAUAUUGCGGUUCUCUCCCCGCAACCACAGCCAUCUACCCAGGCGCCAAGCCCUGCAUUUCCUGGUUUUGAUAGAUUCCUUAUCGAACGAUUUCAUCCUCUCUGUUGGGAGGUUCUCCAAGACCCAAAGUUCCGCCCUGUUACAGAUGCACAAGUCAAGCAGGUGUUGAAUGAAAUUGCGGGUCUGGAGCAAACAAUCUACACCAAGACUGGCGAUAUGUUCCUCCAACACCUUCAAACAUCGUUCUUCCCUGCUAUGGGUAUUGAUGGUUUAGACUUCAUCAAAUCGAUGACCACAUCCACGGAUAGAAAGGGUCUUUCUGGUUAUCUCUCCAACUUCUUGAAGCAGCGUGGUUGAAUGUAACGGGAAUUAAAGGAAUGAUUUUUAUGAUGCAUUUUCUGGAGGCGUUUGAUAUCGGUUUUAUACCACUCUGUGUGAAGGAUAAAGCAUUAAAGUAGCA